AUUCGGUUUGCAGCAACCGGAGCUGAAACUUUGCAACCCGAGCGCGCACGCUCUGCGCUCGGCCCUGCCAGGGCAGCACGGGAGGGCGGCGCAGGAGGUGGGACCUGCGCCGGGAAGGCUCCGGGACGCCGGCGCUCGCGAAGCGGGGACCCCGGAGAGCCAGCAGGCCAGAAGACGGGCCGUGGGAGAACUGAUAGCGCCUCGGGAGACCCGAGGAAGUGGUCCCGGGUCGGGAGGCUCCCGUGCCGAGCCGAGGCCAGGGGUCUGGGGUCGGAGCCCGGCGUGCCUGCAGCUGCCGUCUCUCGGGAGCAGCAGCUGUGCCCGGGAUCCCGGCGGCGGUGGGGGAAGGAGGAGCUGCAGCUGGACUGUGGCAGCUGGAGGGAGAGGACCAGGCUCCCCUGGCGGAGCCGCGCUGGGACGACCCGCUGACCGCGGCCAUGCAGCCUUGACGGAGUCGCUCGGGCGCAGGGGAGCAGCCGCGGCGCGCCCUCCCGGGAAGGGGCACCGGAGCGCAGGCAGCAGCACUUUAUCUCCGACUCUCCAGCCCAGCGAGAGGCGAAGCAGUUUACCAUGGAACCCGUGACCAAGUGGAGCCCCAAACAAGUGGUGGACUGGACUAGAGGGUUGGAUGACUGCCUGCAACAAUAUGUCCACAAGUUUGAACGAGAGAAGAUCAAUGGCGAGCAGCUGCUGCAGAUUUCCCAUCAGGAUCUGGAGGAGCUGGGGGUCACGCGGAUCGGACACCAGGAGCUUGUGUUGGAGGCUGUGGACCUUCUCUGUGCACUGAAUUAUGGCCUCGAAACUGAUAAUAUGAAGAACUUGGUUCUGAAACUGAGAGCAUCUUCCCACAAUUUACAGAAUUACAUAAGUAGCCGGCGGAAAAGUCCCGCUUACGAUGGCAACACCUCCCGCAAGGCCCCCAAUGAGUUCCUGACCUCCGUGGUGGAGCUCAUCGGCGCCGCCAAGGCCCUGCUGGCGUGGCUGGACCGGGCUCCGUUUACAGGGAUCACUGAUUUCUCAGUCACGAAGAACAAAAUUAUCCAGCUUUGCUUGGACCUGACCACUACAGUGCAGAAGGAUUGCUGUGUAGCGGAAAUGGAGGAUAAAGUUUUAACUGUGGUCAAGGUUUUAAAUGGCAUCUGUGACAAAACAAUCCGAUCUACCACAGAUCCUGUGAUGAGCCAGUGUGCAUGUCUGGAGGAAGUUCACUUACCAAACAUUAAACCUGGAGAAGGCUUGGGCAUGUACAUCAAAUCAACCUAUGAUGGUUUACACGUGAUUACUGGAACCACAGAAAAUUCUCCUGCAGACAGAUCUCAGAAGAUUCAUGCUGGUGAUGAAGUCAUUCAAGUUAAUCAGCAAACUGUGGUGGGAUGGCAGCUGAAAAAUCUGGUGAAGAAAUUGAGAGAGAAUCCCACAGGAGUUGUGUUACUGCUUAAGAAGCGCCCCACCGGGUCUUUCAACUUUACUCCUGCUCCCCUGAAAAACCUACGGUGGAAGCCACCUCUUGUACAGACCUCACCUCCACCCACGACAACCCAGUCCCCUGAAAGCACUAUGGAUACCUCACUGAAGAAGGAGAAGUCGGCCAUCCUGGAUCUUUAUAUUCCUCCUCCGCCAGCUGUUCCCUACUCUCCCCGGGAUGAGAAUGGCAGUUUUGUUUAUGGAGGGUCCAGUAAGUACAAACAACCAUUGCCUGGUCCUAAGGGUUCAGAGUCCCCGAAUUCCUUCUUGGACCAGGAAAGCCGGAGACGAAGAUUUACCAUUGCCGACUCGGAUCAGUUGCCUGGGUACUCGGCGGAAACCAACAUUCUGCCCACAAAAAUGAGAGAGAAAACACCAUCUUAUGGCAAGCCACGGCCUUUGUCCAUGCCUGCUGAUGGGAACUGGAUGGGGAUUGUGGACCCUUUUGCCAGACCUCGAGGUCAUGGCAGGAAAGGGGAGGAUGCCCUUUGCCGGUAUUUCAGUAACGAGCGGAUUCCUCCGAUCAUCGAAGAGAGCUCCUCUCCCCCAUACCGGUUCUCCAGACCCACGACCGAGCGGCAUCUGGUCCGGGGUGCGGACUACAUCCGAGGAAGCAGGUGCUACAUCAACUCAGAUCUCCACAGCAGCGCCACGAUUCCAUUCCAGGAGGAAGGGACCAAAAAGAAAUCUGGCUCGUCAGCUACAAAAUCCUCGUCCACAGAACCAUCCCUCCUGGUCAGCUGGUUUACGCGACUCAAACUGUUGACUCACUGAGAGGGACCCUGCUCAGGCCACCUGCCUGGCUCCUGCCCCAAGUGCCUUGCUUUUACAGUGGACAGCCUCUUCUCGUUUCAGCCUCAGUAUUAUGUAGGGACCUUAAGCAAUUUCUUUUUUUUUGUUUUUUUUUGAAAAGUUAUCUACUGCCCUUCUUGGAAGUUUGCAGGAUUGGAUGGGAACAAAUUCAGAGGAUCUUAGGUGCUGGCUUGUGGAGACAAAAGGAGGGAAAUGGGUAGAGCCUGUUUGUCUUGCUUCCCCAGAGACAGAAUGUGAAGACAUGCACUAGAAUUCGCAGUCCUGGCCAGAGACGUUAUGGUCAUUGUGAGGGACUGGUGGCAUUGUUCCUCUUUGAGGGGCUGAGGGGACUAAAAUUGGUGGCUAUUUUCACACAGAUGUGUUGGUUUGUGGUCCAACUUCUUUUUCUGAAAAAGCCAGUGAGAAAACAUUUUUGAUUUGAUUUUUCUAAACUAUAUACCAUAUUUUAAGUGUAGCAGCUUUGACUUCGCAAUAACGUGGCAAGUAUCUGAUUUCUCCUUUGAGGCAGAGGUUUAAGUGUAGGCCUGUUACACUUGUUUGAUACCUUUUUCAUGACAGUCUCAGUAUAGAUUGUUGGUACAGAAACAUGAACACAUUUUGAUAGGGCUUAUUCCACACAAAGAAGUUUAUGGUUAUUUGUGUGGGGUGUUGUUGUUAUAUAUUAUUGUCUUUAAGGGAAAAGAAGCUAUAAGAUUCGCUGACAGCCAAAGUAUCAUUUAGAAGAGUGAAGCAACAAGAUUUAGGUUGAUGAAAGAUACAUCAGUUUGCAUUUUGACCUGUUCAGUGUCUGUCUUCCAGCACGGUGUGUACAGUUCUUCAAAAUUGUACGCAGUUUGCUAAUUAGAAAUAUCUUGGAAAGCCUCAUGGUCACUAAUUUUCAACUAGCAUCAGGUAUUUUGAAAACGUGUGUCUGGAUAUUAACUCUUGUUUAAACUGAAUGUAUGAUAUUUUGUUAGAAUGGAAAAGCACUAUCUUGUUAAUUUAAGUAUUUUAAAUAUAGUUGUAUAUUUUUCUUACUCUUA